GCACCGAUCACCUGGGCAAGAUCGGCCGUAGGAAUCCGCUGGGCGAUCCGUUCAGCGUGCAUAUGACCGAAGUGCGCAAAUGCCGGGGCGUCAAACACACCAGCUGUGACGGCGUUCACUACUCAGUCACCAUGGUCAGCCCCAUUGCGUUGGAUGUGGACAUACAUUUUGAGCGCGAGUUGCCGUCGCUAGAGGCAAAGAUUGUGUGGAAAGGUGGAAUGUUUGCGGAAACUCACACGAUCAAUACGAGAUCUGUGUGUCACGACAUGUUCCUGAGGCAAAUUCUGGAGCACAUACUACCCAUUGAGCAGUGCCAUCUCCCCGCCGGUCGCUAUAAAGGGAGAAUAAACAUUAAUGAGACAGCACAUUACAACUACGAUGGCCGAACGAUGUUUCCUGGAAAAUACGUCGUGAAGAGUUCGUUCUACACCAAUCAUUGUAACGUCUACUGCCUGCUCGUGGAUUUGGUCGUCACGAAGAGUCCUCAUCAUCGGCUAGCGACGUUGUAUAAAUAACAAUUAGAGUUCCACUUCGUACAUCGAAAAUAUGCAUUUAACGGAUACAUAUGGACCAUCAAAGAAAAUCUUAAUUUUCUUCACUAACAAUAGAAACUAAAUAGACAAUUCGCUA